AAAAACUUUCCCGCUAGUUGAUAGUAUGAGUAUGUAUAAUCGGGUUGGAGAAGGUGAGCUUGCACCAUGUCUUAGUCCUUGAUACUAUUCUUUCUCUUCACUUCAUGUUCUUCUUCACACCAUAAAGAUGACACUGUACAUGCCAUUGUUCAGGUCAUGUUCCACCUUAAGAUCCCUCACCCAACUCCACGCCCACAUUGUCGUCACUGGCCUCCACCACGACCCUCUUCCCUCCACCAAGCUCCUCGACUCCUACGCCCAAAUGGGUUCUCUCCACUCAUCAAGACUCAUUUUUUACGCCCACCCAUCUCCCGAUUCCUUCAUGUUCGCUGUCCUCGUCAAGUCUUACCUCACCCACCACUUGUUCCACCAAGUUCUUUCCCUCUACAACCACCACAUUCAAAAGGGUUCACACCUCACCCAAAACUGCACCUUUCUUUACCCUUCUCUCCUAAAAGCUGUUUCCUGCGUUGGGGACUUGGUUACUGGCGCGAAACUGCAUGGGAGGAUUGUUGCAUCCGGGCUCACCACUGAUCAUGUCAUUGCCACUUCGUUGUUGGGGAUGUACGGGGAUUUGGGCUGUUUGAGUGGUGCUCGGAAGGUGUUUGAUGAAAUGCGUGUGAGAGAUUUGGUUUCGUGGAGUUCGGUUAUCUCGUGUUAUAUCGAGAAUGGGUGGCCCAUGGCAGGAUUGGAGAUGUUGCGUUGGAUGGUUUCUGAGGGAAUUGGACCGGACUCGGUUACGAUGGUCAGCGUGGCUGAGGCUUGUGGCAAGGUUGGUUGCUUGAGGCUGGCGAAAUCGGUGCAUGGAUAUGUGAUCAGGAAAGAGAUGGAUGGUUAUGCUAGUUUGAGGAAUUGUCUUAUUGUUAUGUAUAGUCAGUGUGGUUACUUGAGUGGAGCUAAAGGGGUGUUUGAAAGCUUGGCUGAUCGAAGUACUGCUUGUUGGACUUCUAUGAUUUCGUCGUGUAAUCAAAACGGGUGCUUUGAGGAAGCGAUUCAUGUUUUUAGGCAGAUGCAGGAGUCGGAAGUGGAAGUCAAUGGGGUGACGAUGAUUAGUGUUCUGUGUUGCUGUGCUAGGUUAGGCUUGUUGAAAGAGGGAAAGUCUGCUCAUUGCUUUAUUUUGAGGAGAGAAAUGGAUGGUGAUGAUCUUGAUCUAGGGCCUGCACUGAUGGAUUUCUAUGCUGCAUGCUGGAAAAUAAGCAGUUGCGAAAAGCUUCUUUGUUUAGUUGGAAAUUGCAGUGUUGUAUCAUGGAACACGCUCAUAUCGAUUUAUGCGCAGGAGGGUUUCAGCGAGGAGGCCAUGGUGCUCUUUGCACGUAUGUUGGCAAAGGGGCUGAUGCCAGACUCAUUUAGCUUAGCAAGUUCUAUCUCAGCUAGUGCAGGUGCCGGUUCAAUACAAUUUGGACAGCAGAUACACGGCCAUGUCAUGAAAAGAGGCUUUGGGGACGAAUUUGUUCAGAACUCCUUGAUGGACAUGUAUUCAAAAUGUGGCUUUGUGGAUUUGGCUUAUACAAUUUUCGACAAGAUUAGGGAGAAAAGCAUUGUGACAUGGAACUGUAUGAUUUGUGGAUUUUCUCAAAACGGAAUUUCAGUAGAAGCACUUAGGCUAUUCGAUGAGAUGUACUUCAAUUGUCUGGAUAUUAAUGAGGUGACCUUCUUAAGUGCAAUUCAAGCUUGCUCCAAUUCAGGUUAUCUUGAGAAGGGAAAAUGGAUUCACCAUAAGCUUAUUGUAUCUGGUGUGCAGAAGGAUCUUUACAUUGAUACAGCUCUGGUUGACAUGUAUGCCAAGUGUGGAGACCUUAAAACGGCUGAAGGUAUUUUUGAUAGCAUGCCAGAGAAAAGUGUGGUGUCAUGGAGUUCCAUGAUUGCUGCUUAUGGCAUACAUGGCCAAAUAACUGCUGCCACCACCCUCUUCACUAAAAUGGUAGAGUCAGAUAUUAAACCGAAUGAAGUAACCUUCAUGAAUAUCUUAUCUGCUUGCAGGCAUGCCGGAUCAGUGGAAGAAGGGAAGUUCUACUUUAACUCAAUGCGGGAUUAUGGCGUAGUACCCAAUGCCGAGCAUUUUGCCUCUAUAAUUGACCUUCUAAGCCGUGCCGGUGAUAUCAAUGGAGCAUAUGAGAUAAUUAAGUCAACAUGUCUGCCUAUAGAUGCUAGCAUAUGGGGUGCUUUGCUUAAUGGAUGUAGAAUACACGGGAGGAUGGACUUGAUCAAAGGCAUCCAGAAAGAACUUAGAGAAAUAAGAACAGAUGAUACAGGAUACUACACUUUGUUAUCUAACAUAUAUGCUGAAGGAGGAAACUGGUAUGAAUCCAAAAAUGUGAGAUCAAGGAUGGAAGGAAUGGGCCUAAAGAAGGUCCCCGGGUACAGUUCAAUUGAGAUAGAUAAGAAAACCUACAGAUUUGGAGCUGGAGAUACUUCUUCUGAAUGUCAAAUGAAAGAAAUUUAUACAUUUUUAGAAAAUUUUCAAAGUUUGGCACAGGAACAAGGAUGUGAUGUAGAAUGUUAUGGUAAAAUGUAUGGUACUAGUAUGUAUUUUGAGGAUUAUAAUGUCUAUAAAUUGCAGAGAGAAACAAGCAAUGGCAUUUGGAGCAAAUCAGACCCAUUUUAGAACAAUUAUAUUUUUAGAAAAAUGAU